GGAGUGAACCGAGCGCAAACAGUGGUGCGGAGAAUUCCGUCUCUUCAAAAACAAGCGCUGUGACGAAAACGAGCGCACCCUGUCUGUACUAGACGAUGUAGGAUUUACGGAAGAGGAGUCCCAGGCGUGGCUGAGGAACUUCCGUCUUUUACAGCACGAAAAUGACAGCGACUUUGCGCCCCUACUUAAACGCUGUGAAGGCCACCUUGCAGGCGGCCCUCUGCCUGGAGAACUUCUCCUCUCAGGUGGUGGAGCGUCACAACAAGCCGGAGGUGGAGGUCAGGAGCAGCAAGGAGCUGCUACUUCAACCUGUGGUGAUCAGCCGUAACGACAAGGAGAAGGUUCUCAUUGAGGGAUCCAUCAACUCUGUCAGAGUCAGCAUCGCUGUCAAACAGGCUGAUGAGAUUGAGAAGAUCCUUUGCCACAAGUUCAUGCGCUUCAUGAUGAUGAGAGCGGAGAACUUCUUCAUUCUCAGGAGGAAACCGGUAGAGGGAUACGAUAUUAGCUUCCUGAUUACCAACUUCCACACGGAGCAGAUGUACAAACACAAGCUGGUGGACUACGUCAUCCACUUCAUGGAGGAGAUCGACAAGGAGAUCAGCGAGAUGAAACUGUCCGUUAAUGCCAGGGCCCGUAUCGUUGCUGAGGAAUUCCUCAAGAACUUCUGAUGGCAGCGUUGGUCCCACACCAGCUGGGAAGACAGUCCGAAAGGGCCAAUCAGCACAAGAGUGGGAAAACUACAGGAGUCAACAGCCAAUCAGAGAGGAGAUGAGAGGAACAUGACCAAUCCGGCGAGGACACCUUUUGCACCCUUCUAGUAUUUCCCUGUACUCAUGGAUAUCAAUGACUGUAUAUAAUGAAACAUGUACCCGUUUCAUUUUUCAGCCACGUAGAACAAAUCCCCAAAUUCAAAGGCGGGUCCUUAAAAGUAUUAAUUAAGUUGGUAGCCAUGACUGCAGGGGGCACUGAGAGCGUGCUGUGGCAAAUAAACCGGCUAGUUUUUUUUUUUUUGUGUGCGCAUACGCGCAAGUCUGCGUGAGCCGUCACCGUAGUUUGUUUUAUUCAAAUUAGUUUCCAAAAUUUCUCUGUUCAAGGACGCCAUGUUUACGUCGUGAAGCAAGAAGCCACCAAAAAAAAAAAACAUGAAAAA